CGUCUUGUUUGACAAGCAAAAAAGCAAACAUAAACAUUUUGUGUCUUUUGGUCACAUAGUCUGGUAAAUUCUGAGAAGUGCUCAAGAAUGAAAUGCAACAGCUGGACGCGGUGCUGCUUUCCCUCGCCAGUCGCAAGUAGUAGGAAACUAGGAAACUCCUUUCUCCAUCACUCUCCAGUCGCACCGUAAAAUCUCUCACCCGCCCGCCUGCCCGCCGCCGCCGCCGCCAUCAGAGCCCCUCCACUCAGCCGUCUGCCUCAACCCUAGCUGCCUUCACCUUCGCCCAAAAUCUCAAUCUCCAUUUGCUUCACUCUGCUGCCACUCCUCCGCCUUCCCAGCACCAAUUACAGUUCUUCGAGCUCUGGUAAUUUUCCGAUUGGCAUGGCUGCAACAAGACUAGAACUCAAAAAGUCACCAUACGAACUCUCCGGCGAUGCCUUGUCCUCGUUUAACUUCUUACGCGGCCCAAACCAAAAGAGUCUUUCGAGUUCCCGGCAAAGUUUCGAACUUCAGACUGUUUUGCCAUACGGGAUUCUCCGACUCUGCAAAACGAAGUUCCAAAUAUGAUAGCAGCAAGCGGACGAAUUUUUCAUGCUCAUCAACACCAGGUGUGGACAUGGAGAAGAGCGUUUACCAGUUGCUGACAAUAGACCGUUGGCAGUCCCUGAAUCACAUGGAAUACAAACUAGCUUCACUCAGGCCAGUUCAUGGGAGGUUAGCUUUAAAAUUUCUCAACUGGGUUACAAAGCAGCCAGGUUUGGAGCUCCAUCACCUCACUCACUUGUUUGCCAUCACGGUUCACAUUCUUGUUCGAGCUCGAAUGUAUGAACCUGCCAAAUUGAUAUUGACUCAUCUCUCCCGUAUGAGUGCUUGUUCAAGUUCGGUUUUCAGUGCAAUAAUGAACACCUACCCUGUUUGCAAGUCUAAUCCUUCAGUUUUUGACCUUCUAAUGAAGGUCUACUUGAAAGAAGGGAAUGUUGACGGUGCUUUGGAGACUUUUUACUUGAUGGGUUAUCGAGGCUUUGACCCUUCUGUUCGUACAUGUAAUUUGGUGCUUACUUCCAUGGUGAAAGGCUGUAGAGUUGAGUCAGUGUGGUUGUUUUUUAAACGGAUGCUUGCAAGGAAGAUUUGUCCUGAUGUUUCCACGUUUAAUAUAUUGCUUCAUUUGUUGGGGGUACAAGGAAAGCUUAACAAAGCUAGGCACCUUUUGAGGAAGAUGGAAGAGAGUGGUUAUGUUCCAAAUGUAGUUACUUAUAACACUAUGCUCAACUGGUGUUGCAAGAAAGGGAGGUACAAAGUUGCUUUUGGAUUGAUUGAUCAAAUGGCAUCGAAAGGCAUUGCAGCUGAUGUGUUCACAUAUAACAUGCUUAUCGAUGAUUUGUGUAGAAACAAUAAGAGUUCUAGAGGUUACUUGCUGUUGAGAAACAUGAGGAAUAGGAAGAUUUCUCCCAGUGAAGUUACUUAUAACACUCUGAUUAACGGGUUUGUGAAAGAAAGGAAGAUAGGUAUCGCCACUCGAAUUUUCAAUGAGAUGGAAAUGCUCAGUCUUUCUCCAAAUGCUCGUUCUUACAAUUGUUUGAUUGAGGGCCACUGUGACCAGGGUGAUUUUGAAGAAGCUUUCAGAAUUUUUAAAUUGAUGGAAGCAGCAGGGUUAAGACCAAAUGAAGUUAGCUAUGCGACUCUCUUACAGGGUUUGUGCGCACAUAACAAAUUGCACUUGGCCAGAAACCUUCUUGAGAACAUGAGGAUCAACGAUACGGCUGGUUGUAUAGCAUACACAACAAUGAUCCAUGGGUUAUGCCAAAAUGGGUUGCUUGAUGAAGCUGUGCAGUUGCUUAAUAAUAUGGCCGCAGAUGGUGCAAGUCCUGAUGUCAUUACAUUUUCUGCACUCAUAAAUGGAUUCUGCAGAGUUGGAAAGCUAAAAGCUGCAAAGGAAGUAGCAUGUCGAAUGUACAAAGCUGGACUCCAACCAAACAGUAUAAUAUAUAGCACUUUAAUCUACAAUCAGUGCAGGGCAGGAAAUAUUACUGAAGCAUUUAAGUUAUAUGCAGCAAUGAAUUAUGAUGGGCAUGAUGCCAGCUCUUUCAUUUGUAAUACAUUAGUAUCUUCUCUUUCCAAAGGUGGAAUGAUACAGGAAGCAAAGGAGUUUAUGCAUCAUAUGUCAAGAGUUGAUGUUGUUCCAAACUCCAUUACUUUUGACUCUAUUAUCAACGGGUUUGCUAGAUUAAGUGAUCCUUUGGCAGCCUUCUUGGUAUUUGAUGAAAUGAUUCAUUCUGGUCACCAGCCCUCUUGUUUUACAUACAGUAGCCUGCUUAAGGGACUGUGCAAGGCUGGAAACUUAGGAGAGGCCAGGAAAUUAUUGGAGAAACUGUAUCACAUCCCAUUUGCUGUCGAUACUAUCACUUGUAACACUAUACUUGCUGAGACCUGCAGAGUAGGAGACAUGUCAGGUGCAUUGACCCUCUUAAAUGAAAUGCUGCAGCACAAUGUUCUACCUGAUGAGUAUGCGUUCACCACGAUUCUUACUGGGUUGAGUAGGAAAGGUAAAAUGGUUGCUGCUCUUGUUUUCUAUGGGAAGAUGAUAGAAAAGGGAUUCAUGUCAUCUACUCAAGUCAUCUAUACCUGUCUGAUCGAUGGACUGUUCAAGGUUGGUCAAUCAAAGGCAGCUUUGUACUUGUGUGAGGAGAUGGAAAUGAAAGUCCGAAACAUUGAUAUCGUUGCAAUAAAUGCAGUUAUAAAUGGAUGCUCAAGGAUGGGUAAAACAGCACAAGUGGAUGAUCUCUUUACUGGGUUAUUAUUGAGCAGUAGCUUUCCCCCUACCUUGGUUACUUAUAACAUUGUGCUGCAUGGUUAUUCAAAACAAAAGGAUAUAUCCAGAUGCUCAGAUGUUUACAAAAUAAUGCAGAGGAGAGGUGUUUUGCCUGACAAAUUAACCUGUCAUUCUCUUCUUCUAGGUCUUUGUACGGCUGGCAUGUUGGAUGUUGGUGUUAAAAUGCUGAAAAAGAUGAUGGUAGAAAAUAGUGAUUUGGUUGACUGGCACACAUUUAGCAUGAUUAUAUCUUCAUGCUGUGAAAUGGGUAGAAUGGCAAAGGCUUUUGAUCUGUUGGAUACAAUGCAUUUGGCUGGAUUUUCUCCUGAUGUCAACACCGUUGAUGCCAUUAUUUCUGGGCUGACCAGAACUCAUGCUCUUCAGGAAUCUCGUCUACUUUUGCAUGAUGUAUUAGAGAAUGGUAUCAUUCCAAAAUGCAGACAAUAUAGUACCCUAAUCAAGCAAAUGUGCAGAAUGGGGAAUAUUCAGGGAGCGUUCAGGGUGAAAGAUGAAAUGGAAGAAUUUGGGGUUAGUUCCCUGGAUGUUGCUGAGAGUGCUAUGGUAAGAGGGCUGGCAAAGUCUGGGAAGGUUGAAGAAGCAAUACUGCUUCUUGAUUACAUGCUUCGAAGGCGACUUGUUCCAACAAUGGCGACUUUCACAACCCUGAUGCACGAGCUCUUCAAGAAAGGCAAUGUUGCAGAGGCCAUCAAACUGAGGAGCAAAAUGGAGCACUCUGGUGUGAGACUUGAUGUGGUAGUUUAUAAUGUUCUGGUGUCAGGCCUUUGUGGGGAUGGCGACGUUGCAGGUGCAUUUAAGCUAUUUGAAGAGAUGAAACAAAGGAAGCUGUUGCCUAAUAUGACCACCUAUGACGUUCUCAUUAAGGCCAUGAUGACCAGUGAAGAGAUUGAUCCUAUCAGCUGUGAGUUGCUUUUGAGGGAUUUACAGGAGAGAGGGGUAGUAUGUGGGGAUUGGAGUGGAACAGAGAUGCAAAAGGGGCUGAUUAUAGCCAUGAAAAAGUUAAAGUCAUUGAGACACCAAAGGAGGAAAAUGUGAUGCCAUUUACCCGUCUAGCACUUAUCAGCAUGGCAAAUUUGGUGUUUGUUAUAGGUUGCAAAGGCGUUGCUUGAUGGGGAACUCAUGGAUAUAUAAUGGCUACCUACAAUAACAUAGUGGUUCCUAGUCUUGAUUAUGACAGACUUUUUGAAGUGGAAUGCUAGAGCUCUGGGAAAUUUUUCCUGCCUUGCUCCCCAAAUUGUGGUUCAAGAACUCUGGACUGGGUGAAGUUCUUAAAGUUGAUAUGCAGAUUUCCCCGCUGUCUUUCAGAAGUACGUACACUUCCGUUGUUAGAGAAACAGGAGGUACAUACUGUCCAUAUGUUGAAAGCUUAUUUUUUAGCCAAUGAGUGUUUCCAUUGAACUUUGUUGUGAAGAAAUGGUUGCUCCAGAAGUUGAUGUAAAGCUCCUUGAAGAACUGGAAGGAAUAGGUUUCCCAAAGGCACGGGCAACCAGGGCACUUCAUUUUUCUGGUGAGGACAUUGCAAACCAUAUAUCCAUUUCAUUGAGUUACCGGACAUGCAUUUUGUUGUCAUUUUGAAAAGGGAAUAAUCGUACUAUAGUUCUUACUAGGCAUCUGUAACUUCUUUUAUGCAUUCUGUUACUAUGAAAUGUGUAUAUUGAAGGAUGUUCUGGGCCCUUAACCAGAAAAUAAAAGAAAUUGAGGCUGGCACAUAGCAUUCAGUAGACUGGCUUCCAAAUCAUGAAAUACAGUUUGUCUAUAGACAGUGAGAAAAAAGGUUCAGACAUAUACUUGGAUUGUUGUAUACGAUAACUGGAGAUGAUAAAUCUUUGGUUUGCGCUUGGCACACUUGAUUGUUCUUUCUUGGGUCCUUCUCAGCAAUGCUUUUUUCCUACAAAAGCAUUGAUACCUUAAUGAAAUUCAAUCGGACAGCUUCUUCGGCUGCUAAAAUGUUAUGCCAGUCUUGAAGCUGCUGUGAAUUGGGUAGUUGAGUAUGAGAAAGACCCAGAUGUAGAUGAAAUGCCCCUGGUAGGAAAUUGUUUGUCUUUCUCUCAUAAUCAAAUAUGACAUUCCUCCAUUAUUGUUUCAUCUCUGCCCUUCUCUUCUUAUUGCUCUCUCGCUGUCGGAGCUUCACGUCAUUGUACAUGUAAGAAAUCCUAUCCUGAUUGAACAAUCUUGCCCCAUUGUCCUCAGGUACCAGCCAACACCAAAGUUGAGGCUCCAAAGCCUCUUACACGAUAAGAAGCGAGACAAAAAGCAGGUGAACUGAGGUAAGAUUUUGUGAGCCUGAAAUCAGGACCUUUGUGGCAGUAUCUUGUCCAGUUCAGUCCUUCGUUUCUGUGGUCAUUUCUCCUUUUGGAUUGAAUCACUUCUCAUGGUUUAUAUAUGUUUCUUCUUCACAAUCUUAAGGGAGCGUGCCCGUAAGUAGAAAGAGGAUGAAGGAAGGAGAAUGGAAAGAGAAAGAGAAAGAGAGAAGGUAUGGCUGGAUUGUCCUAAGAAUCAUCUCUUAUGUCUGUUCAAAUUUCCGAGUUGGCGAGGAGCUCCUGGAGGCCAAACGAAUUGAAGAAGAUAAUUAAAGAAAACGGUAGCUUCUUGCAUUCUGGUUUCCUGUUCAUUCAUUGGUCUCUUAGUGUAGUAAUUAGUAUGCUUCUUUCCCUUUGCUCGACUGCUUUUUAUUUGAUUCUUAUUGUCAUCUUGGUUGGUAAGGUAACCACCUAGACUGUGUGCAACUUCCUUCUUACUUUGUCACCUUCAUUGUUUUUCCUUGCACAGGCUGAAAGAAGGAAGGAAGCUUGGGUUGUCCCCAGAGGAUCUCUUAAGCAAGCUCAUAAAGUAAAAUUACAUCAUGCUACCCAUACUCCAUCUUAUUUACAAAAUUGUCACUGCAUUCAUUUAAUACGAUCGAACGACUAAAGUCUUGUAAAUACCUAUUUACAAACUGUAAUUACGGUAAAAGUUAAUAUUUUGUUUGCGAAUGUGAUUGUUGUUUGCAUGAUCCCACGAAUCGGAAUAAUGGGGAAAAAGAAAAAGGAGAAAAACAAACUUUUUGUUUUUUUUUUUUUAAAUUUAUCGAAAACGCCAAAAGGGAGAGUGACCCUACAAAAGCAAAAGUGCCAGCAAGGCAGUGCCUCCGUGUACACCAACUACUUCUCUCUCUUCUCAAGAAAGAGGAUCACACCGUUUGCCAGCAGCUCACUCCUCCGUCCCGUUUUCCUGCCACCACGUCAUCGCUGACGCCGACGACGGACGGCGACCUGGCUGACCUUUCCCACCUCUCCGUUACCGUCAAAUUUGUGCGUUUUGAAGAGAUGCCGAAACACGGCGACGGCGAGGCCCAAUUGGCAAUACCCGGCCCAAUUCUUCUUCUCUCUCUCUCUCUCAAGAGGAAACUCUUUUCGCUUCCUCCAUUUUCUCUCCCUCUUCCUUUCUUUUCUUCUCCUUUUCCUCCCUCUGUCUCUCUCUCUCUCUCAUAAGUCUCCUCUUCCAGCUGCUUGCUCAAAGGUUUCUCGCACUAGAAUUCAUGUCGGUAUGUUAGCUCCCUCUCCUUCUCUUUCUCGGUCUUCGUUUUUUUCUUCUUCUUCUGGCUGGAAUACUACCCUACGAGCGCCGUAAAGUUCGUUACUUUUUUUUUUAAACCCCUUUUGAGCUUUCUCCUUCAUAGCUUACGAUUUCUGAUUGAUUCGAACUAGAUUUUUAUUUUUACGCUAUUUUGGCAUCUGCUGCUGUUGUGCUAUGAAAGGGUUUCUAUUGGGUUUUGCCAUUUAGCUGCUGAAUAAUUAUGUGGAUUCGAUCCUCGGGGGUCGCUUUUCCUUUGUUCUUCGGUUCUGGGUGCUGUGCUGCUGAUCAGUUUUGUUUACUUGAAUUUUGGGAAUCUUCGUAUUUUCCCCUUUGUUUCGAUCUUUUUUAUUUGCUUGUUUUAUAAAAGGGAGAGAGAACGAACAGCCAUCUGAUUCGAUUUGGAAUUGGGAAGUACUGGGGCUUCAGCUUUCAGCUACUUUUUUUUUUCUUGGGUUAUGCAUUUGGAUGCUUCUUUGGCUGCAAAUUUCGUCUUCUCCCUCUCCGAGCCUUGGCUCAAGGGCUGUGGAAGUUGCUACUUUCUGUAGCUUGCGAGGUGGGGCAGGAACUGUUCUGUUUGUUUGUUUGUUUGUUUAGCCUUCCUUGCUAGACUUGGAGCACAAAAAUGUUUGGUGUUGAGAAAUUAAGGAUUGUGGAGUGGGAAAUGGAAAAGCACGAGAGGGAGAUGAACUUGCUGUUUCGCUAAUACAUAGUGAAUCAAUCUGAAGGUUGGUUAAUCGAGUUAAGCUGGUGUAGGUUGAGGAUGAAUCCUUCUUUAGUUCAGUUACCAUGAACCUUUUGUUAUUUAGAACUUCAUGAUACGUGGAACUUCUCGAUGCUUUUAGUCAUCUACUUGAUGUGGUUUUGGGUAAGUUUCUAUCUUGUUUGAUAGAAAUUCAUAUGGACCCAGAAGGUCAAUCGCUUUGGCAAGCGGAAUAAAAACCAUGUCACAUUGUGCUUGUGCUUCAUUACAUUGUUUGGAUGCUUCCGUACAUUCAGAAAUUUUAUGAGUCUUUUGGUGGUAGUUGCUUAAAAUUGUCUGUCUUUUUAACAGGACGGAGGUAGGCCAUUGCCGAAAUUUGGGGAAUGGGAUGUUAAUGAUCCUGCUUCAGCAGAAGGAUUUACUGUGAUCUUUAACAAGGCCAGGGAUGAGAAGAAAACCGGUGGCAAACCAGAGUCGCCAGGAAAGGGCGAUUCUCAUACUAAGGCUCCAAUGGAGCAUGGAAAGCCUCCUGCUGUAAGUUGUUUGAUCCCCACCCCCCUCCCCCGGUCCCAUGCUUAUCCCCUAUAGUUUGAUGCUAGCAUUGCAUACUACUAGCACUAUAGUACUUUCACGCAUAGCCAAUAUCUAUGUAGUUGAAAGAGGUGUAUCUUCGUAGGAUGUGUGGUCUUUUGUUAUAAUCAAGGGUAGAAUCUAUU